CCGGGAGAGGUGGGAUGUCUGCGGAAGGAAAGCGUGCCUAGGAGCGGCCCGACUGGAUUCGAACUCCGGAGUCCGGCGCUGAUGUCACUGCGCCACCAGCCGGCUAAGAUGGUGUCGAGACUAGCGUUUGAAUUUGGAUUUAAGUGAGGGAGAGUUGCGCAGCGUCAGCCUCACUCUCUCUUCCCAAUUCCCAUCUGGAUCCAGUGGCAAGACAGAGUCUAGACGGCUGGAGAUGGGACUAGGCGCAGUGGAUGACCAGGACGUCUUCUGUGUCUUGUCCUGCUCUACGCGUUCCACGACGCUUGCAGAGACCGCCUUCUUGACCGUUGGGCCUUCCAUUGGUCUCGUCCGCUCAAUCCGCCGGAGUCUGUCUUCACAUGCUGGGAUAAGACAACUCCCUAUCACACCGAGGGUUUGAGACCCGUCGGCUACCCUCACCUGGUUUAGCCGGCUUGUUGAAGCCGUUGCCCGGGGUGUAGCCGCUGUCGCACGCAAACAGCUACGGGGAGCCACAUGUGAGAGCUGAGUGCCAGGUGGGGACCAAAGGUUGUCAAACCGCCCUGAAAAGGACGCGACAUGUUCCCCAACCAGAGGUGCUACCCCGGGUAUGCUGCAGAGCAAUACCAGUGACGUCACCCCCGGCGAGCCACGCAAUUCUGUUAAGACAGAAGUCACGUGGCAGUGUGAGCCAAUCGCUAUCUUCGGUCCUCAGCAGCGCCCGCGCCGAUUCGACGCUAUCUGGAUAUGCGCGUGCGCAGACUGUCUCCGGCCUCCCGCAGACAGCAGCCGAUUGGUUCGCUCAAGCAGCCGCUCGAUUUCAUUGGUUGGUCCGGCUGAGAGCGCGAAUGGCGGCCAAACGAGGAGCCCUGAUCGUGCUGGAGGGGGUGGAUCGGGUGGGGAAGAGCACCCAGUGCAAGCGGCUGUACGAAACCUUGCGGCAGCGUGGACAUGCUGUGAAACUGAUUUGCUUCCCGAACAGAAAUACUGAAAUUGGGCGCCUGAUCAGCUUAUACCUGGAGAAGAAGUACAACCUGAAUGAUCAUGCUGUGCACUUGCUCUUUGCAGCUAACAGAUGGGAACAAGUGUCACAGAUUAGAAACAACUUAGAGAAAGGGGUGUCUGUCAUUGUUGAUAGAUAUGCUUUCUCUGGAGUUGCAUUCACAAGUGCAAAAUCAGGUUUCACCUUGGAGUGGUGCAAGCAAGCAGAUAUUGGUAUUCCAAAACCAGACGUGGUCCUGUUCCUUGAUCUUGAACCCUUGGCUGCCAUGAAACGUGCAGGCUUUGGUAUUGAACGCUAUGAAAACCUUGCCUUUCAGGAGAUGGUGCAUCAGCGGUUUAAAGAACUGAUGAAAGAUGAGAAUCUAAACUGGAAGGUGUUGGAUGCUUCUCAAAGUAUUGACGCCUUGCAUCAGGAGAUAAUAUCCAAAGUGGAGAAAACCAUAGAAAAAGCCAUGGACGAGCCAAUCGGAGAACUCUGGAAGUAAGAUCUCUUCUGCAGCGACAAUAAGACAUUUGGUUCAUGGAGUUUGUUGGUAUUUUCACCAUCAAAGUAUUGCAUCUCCCAGUGCAUCUUGUUACUGUGUUACUGUGGAAGGAUUUAAUCCACAAUGUGGUCAUUUUGUUUAUCAGUAAUUAGGUCAUUGAAUGUGAGUCCAGUAUCUUUCUCUGUGAUGACGUGUUUUAUUUUGAUUUUUCCUCCAUUCUCUCCUACCUUUGAACUUGCAUUGCAUACCACCUCAGUUUCACUUUCCUGAUGAUGAAAGUGGAUUUAGAUUGUUAACCAGCUCUCCUAUCCCAGGGAUGUGGACUUUUUUUGUAUUCCAGAUAGUAAAUGCAAUAGGAGACACGAGACUGCAGCUACUGGAGAUCUGGAGCAACACAAAGGAACUGGAGUGGAGGAACUCAUCCAUGGAAGGAAACGGACAGUUGACAUUUUAGACUGGAGCCCUUCAUCAACAAUGGAAAGGAGGAGGGGAGAUGGAAGGUAUAGAGGAGGAGUUUGGAGGAGCGAGGAAAAAAACAGCACGGUUCA